UCCGCGGAUGCUCAUUAGCGUCGCGGGUCGAGAUGAUGGCAUCAAUAGGGGAAUUCGAUCCUCUCAACACCAGAGUCCCUGCAACUAAAAUAGAAGUUACCGUUUCGUGCCGCAGUCUGCUGGAUGUGGAUACAUUCUCCAAGUCAGAUCCUGUGGUCGUGUUGUAUUUGCAGGCUGUUGGAACCAAAGAAUGGAGGGAGUUUGGCAGGACAGAGGUAAUCGAUAACACUCGGAAUCCAGAUUUCGUCAGGAAGUUUGUCCUGGAUUUCUUUUUUGAAGAGAAACAAAAUCUAAGGUUUGAUGUGUACAAUGUGGACUCCAGAAGCUGUAACAUUUCCAAACACGUAACCCUUGAACUUUUGGAUUUUCUGGGCCAGACGUUCUGUACCCUUGGAGAAAUCAUCGGUUCCACAGGAGGGCGGCUAGAGAGAACUCUCUCUGGGAUUCCGGGGAAGAAGUGUGGAGUCAUUAUCUUUACCGCGGAGGAGCUCAGUAACUGCAGGGAUAUUGCUACCAUGCAGUUGUGUGCCAACAAGCUGGACAAAAAAGACUUUUUUGGCAAGUCGGACCCCUUCUUGGUUUUCUACCGGAGUAACGAGGACGGAACGUUCACCAUCUGCCACAAGACAGAGGUGAUCAAGAACACACUGAACCCGGUGUGGCAGCCCUUCACCAUCCCGGUUCGAGCUCUCUGCAAUGGCGACUUUGACAGGACUGUGAAGGUAGAUGUCUAUGACUGGGAUCGAGAUGGAAGCCAUGACUUCAUUGGCGAGUUCACCACCAGCUACAGAGAGCUGUCUCGAGGGCAGAACCAGUUCAAUGUCUACGAGGUUUUAAAUCCAAAGAAGAAAGGCAAAAAGAAGAAAUACAUCAAUUCUGGAACUGUAACUCUGCUGUCCUUCAAAGUGGAGUCCGAGUAUACCUUUGUGGAUUUCAUCCGAGGAGGAACACAACUGAACUUCACGGUGGCUAUUGACUUCACAGCGUCGAAUGGUAACCCCUCCCAGCCCACCUCCCUCCACUAUAUGAGUCCCUACCAGAUGAAUGCAUAUGCCAUGGCCCUGAAAGCAGUAGGUGAGAUUAUCCAGGACUACGACAGCGACAAGCUCUUUCCUGCCUACGGUUUCGGAGCUAAGCUGCCUCCUGAUGGCAAAAUCUCCCACGGCUUCCCACUGGGCGGUGACGCUGAGAAUCCAAACUGUGUGGGCAUAGAGGGAGUUCUGGAGGCGUACUUCCAGAGCCUGAGGACGGUGCAGCUCUAUGGACCCACCAACUUUGCACCUGUCAUCAACAAAGUGGCAAACUGUGCAGCAGAGAUUACAGAUGGCUCUCAGUACUUUGUGCUGCUGAUGAUCACAGAUGGAGUGAUAUCUGACAUGGUCCAGACCAAAGAGGCUGUGGUCAAUGCCUCAUCACUCCCCCUGUCCAUAAUCAUCGUAGGUGUUGGACCUGCUGAGUUUGAUGCUAUGGAGGAGCUGGAUGGUGACGAGGUGAGAGUGUCCUCAAGAGGACGGCUUGCGGAGAGAGACAUUGUACAGUUUGUUCCGUUCAGAGACUACAUCGACAGAUCUGGUAACCAGGUCCUGAGCAUGGCGCGGCUGGCUAAAGACGUCCUAGCCGAGAUCCCCGACCAGCUGCUGUCCUUCAUGAAGAGCCGAGGAGUUGAACCGCGCCCGGCCCUCUCCACCUCACCUCUACCGGAGCUACAUCGGCAUAUGUGACUCCCACACUCUGCCUCUCCACCCUGACUCUCUCUUCCCCUCUCUGCUUAUCUACACUCACCUCCCAUACAGUCAUUUGUCACUUUAAAAGGAGCGGAAGGAUCGACCCGUGACUUGCCCUCUUCCUGUCUUAUCGUCGAUGGGGGGCGUACCAUACGAUGCAGCAGGCGCUCAUCCUUGACUCACCCGCUGCUGUUCUUCAUCUCCCCUUCUCUAACUCACCCUGUUACAUAGCAUUACUUUACAGAGCAGUAAGCCUGAGCCACAACUGCCCCCUCUUGCGCCCCAAUGACAAUCACUCACAGCUUGACAUUUCAGAUGUGUCUGUUAAUUCCCCUCCUGAGGGACUUUUAAAGCAGAGUUUUUUUUCCUUUGUCCUUGUCCUCGCCAAGUCUUGACACCAGUUACAUUUGGCAGGAGUGCAAGAAAGUGCCAGACACUAAAUUAAAUAGAAGCUAGUCCCCAAAUGAAAGCAGAGCUCUUGAUGAGCAAUAGAUGCCAGCUUGCAUCAGGUGCUCUGUGGGUAUUUUUGGCCGAGCUCUGACUGUAACACAUUAGAGAGACUGGUCGUUGUGAGGACAGGUGUUUGUGAUUUACAGUAUACCAUCAUCGUUAUUGUCAAGCAGUUUCGAAUCUCUUGAAACUGAAAUAGAGGCUGGCAAACAAUCCGUUCAGGUUUUGGAACUGUGAGACGCACCUUCCCAGGGGAUGAAGAAGAGUUGAGGGGUGGGGGUGGGGGUGUAGAGGGACAGAAGUGACAUUCUGGGUAGUUUGGUGUGUUGAUUUGUUCCACUUAUUUCCACCGUCAACAGUUAGAGCUGCAACAGUGGAUGUGACAUGCAGCUCAUGGCGUCAAUUUAGAUACUUCUAAUGCCCGUUUGUCGCAAUUUCUGUCAAACAUUAUACUCCUUCUGCAAGUCAUGAAUCACUUAAACACAAUACACAUAUUUUCAGAUUCACUUCGACUCAAUUUCAGGAGAUAUCACUAUCUCCGUGUCCAUAGUGUGUAAACACCAAUGAAUUUGCAAUGAAGUCAAGACACUGCAUUUAACCAACCAAGUUGGAACCAAAGGUUUGGCCAGAAUACUUUUUCUUCAAACAUUUUGUUUAUGGUCAUGAUUUUGUUUCAGUCUCUGUUGUUGUUGUUAUACUCAUUUGGCCACAAGAGGUUGAAGUGAUGUCUAUAUAGGACCUUCAACCCUAAAUGUUAUUGUUCACUAUAUAUACCUACAUUACACAAUUAGUUUCCAAUUCGACUAUAUGGCAUUCUCAAUUAAAUUUCAAAUAACUGUAGUAGUCAAUUAAAAAACUAAAACUAUUUGUAAGAAGAGAAACUCCCUAAAACCCUUAUUUACAAUUCCGUUAUGUUAUAUGGUAACGUCAUCUUCAAGAACAUUCAGUUCUAACGGUUUUUAGGUAGUCUCCAGUAUCAUAGUGGCCCGUUAUCGUUUUAUGUACAUCUGUGACUACAUUGUAAACAGGAACUGCUAAUACGCCUAUCUGAUUCAGCAUACUCAUAAUGAUUGUCAAAAUGUGAACAAAUCCAGUCCAAAAAAUGGGACUCAACAAUCUGUAAACCGACAUCAUAUUUCUUGUUUACAGCCCCUGUAAUUGGAACCUAGUGGCAACAUUUGAGUCAGGUUCUCCCCCGAAUGACAGUCCAUCAAAGAAUAAUAACAGGAGUGACAAAUCCAUUAAUAUUGCAGGAGUGGGGGUUGCAGUUGUCUCGAUUCUGUUUGAGGGGGCCACAGUGUCCGACUUUGAAACCCCCCGGAUUAAUCCGACCAGAUGAAUUAGUGACGAGAGGAAUAUUGUGAUGUGGAAGUCACACAGAGGGGAGCAGACAAGUGUUUGCGGGUGUAAUGCGGGGGUUCCGGUCACGUGUUCAUUAUUACAGACCUUCAGACAGUGCUUAGACAAACACACACAUACACACCUCUGUCUGCUACACAACAACCCCCCACCCCCCUUUAUCUUUGCCCAGCGUGGGCUGAACCUGGGUGCAGAUUCCCCCCCUGCUGUUAGAGAAAUGCCAGUCUCUCCGGCUGCCCUGCAGAGAGGAGGAGGAGGAGGGAGGAAGGAAGGAAGGAAGGAAGGGACAGGGAGGAGGGGGGAGUAAAAGGACGAGAGAUGGAUGUGUCAGAUAGUGAGUGACGAAUGGAAAGAAAAGAAAAAUGGGCCAUAAGGGUGAGGAGACAUUUACUGACAAAGGGAAGAGAUCAAUCCAUUAGUUUGAUCUCAGCAGGGAAAGAUAUAUGGGAGAAAGAUAUAUGGGAGAAACAGAUGGUGGCAGAUGAGGAAAAAGGAUUGUUACUUUGAGUUUAUCCGAAGUUUAUUUUUUCUUUGCGAAUACAUCUUAAUCAAUCCCAAAUGCACAUUCUCCGAAAAAGCAAUAUACCUGAUCCCAGUGUAAUGUUUCCCUCUGCAUGUCCCUCCCUCUCCCCUGCCAUGACAUGACAUUUUAUUCCCAGGCAGACUGGAGCUGUAUUCCAAUGGGCAAAGUAUUCCACCUAGUGUUCAUCAUAUGUAUAGCAGGGUAUCUUUAUUAUGCAUGACUACUGUACAUUCCUAUACUAACUCACACAGUACAGACCUGAUGCAACUGUCCUUACUGAUAUAGUUGAUGGUAUGUGCAGUGAAUUCCGGCGUUGUAAAGAACUACAAACACGUAUGUUCUCAUGUAAAAUGUGACGUCUCCUUUUUGAAGACUAUCAGUGUGAUGGUGGUGGCUUAGAGGGGUGUUUAUGCUGUUCCAUGUGCCAUGUAUUGGUUUUUCUAAACUUGUACAAUCAUUAGGGUUGACCGUUAAAAGAUGUUGCAUGUUGAGAAACGCCGUCAGGUGUUCAAGUAGUCGUUGUCAUUGCAACUGAUUGUGGAAAAAAAAAAAAAAGGAAAAGAGAAGUAUAUCUCGAAAUAAUAUGCAUUUCUCUUGUGUCACUGUACAUUUUCAUUUGUAGAUUUCAGAACUUGUGUGCAGCGUCUUGCAGAAAAUAUUAAAUAAAUGGAACGUCACUAAGAGACAUGUAUUUUUGAUAUUUUGAAAUGAUAUGGAAAGCUCCCAGGGUCACACAGUAAUAAACAAGUAAGGUCUCUGCAAGACACUAAUGGUAUCAAAGAGUAUUCCGAUGGCACUUAGUGUGAAUUUUGUACAAGGAGAGCAUUUUUGUCCGUCUCUUACCUUUGUCUUAUGGCUCUAUAUGUGUAUAUGCUGCCCAUAGUGUUUAAGCAAUGAUAAUUUUAAUUGUAUAUAUAUAUACGAUACAGUACAUGAUGAUAUGUUUUCCGCUCGUUUGCUUACAGUAGAGCUAGGAAAGCCUUUUACAUGUGUGUAUCUAAAAAUAAAUCUAUAUUGUAUGUUGACGUUUUUAUGAAUGUCCAAUAAAUAAGAAUGUAGAAGUUUGAACUACAAAUACGGAAGCCUUGAGAGAAAAUGGAUCACCAGAAUGAUUAUUUUUUUCUCUUGCCUUAGUUUGAUCUCCAUUGUCUUUCAACUUUGUUUAUGACUCAAGAACAUUUUUUUUAAUCUUUGAAACCUGUAAAAAUAAGGUUUUGGUCAAUAUUUUAUUUUGUCAAAAUCAUAUUUAGUCUUGGUUGUUGUAAUACUAAUUUCGACCACAAGAGGCUGAAGAGAUGUUUUAUCUACUGUAAAGGACCCUAACCCUAAUGUUUUCAUCCCAGGUAUUACAUUCCAUGCACUCUAAACAUACAUACCUAUAAUGAUUUACCUUGUGUUAACCUGUUCUUACGUAACAAACAGGAGAGAAAGCAAAUUAGAUCAGACCAAGAUAAAUGAUCCCCGAUUAAUUUUGCCUCUCAGGGCUUCCGUAUAAAUUAACUGUUUGACAAAUAUGUUGUGUUUUGAUAUAAGGUUUGACUACAUUUGUGUAUUCUCCUUUCUCCUGAUGAACUGCAAUAUAGUAAUAUCAAACAUAAAGUGACACAGUCUGAUAAGUUUAUGUUGUUGUUUGUCUGCAGAAAGAUGAUUUAGUGUGUUAUGCUGUAUUCCUGGAAGUGAAUUAUUCUGUUACACUCCUCAGUGCUGAGCCCCCUCCCAUGAAAAUGAGUUCUGGCUUGAAAUGGUUGAUUCACUAAACAGAUUAAAGAUCUUGAAGACAC